UGCCUGGGAAAUGGGCUGAGCUGAGCUCUGUGAGCAGGAUUGUACUCUCUCUCUCUCCUUCUGCUCACACACUCAGGCAGGCAGUCUGGGUGCCGUGUCACCGUCUCUUCCCUCAGUGCCUGGCUCUCUCUCCCGUUAAAUGGAAGGUCCCUGGAGCUGCUCUGUGAUCCUCUCUCUCUCUCACCACACACACAUACAUACACAGACCCCCCUUUGGAGUUCCUGUUUCCGCCAAGUACUGCCCGACGCGCGAUCAAACACCAGUGGAUCCACCAUCUAACGUGCAUAUUUAUGUAGAGAUAGAAAACAUCCUUCCAGCCGGAGAGGGGAAAUAUAGACCCCAACACAGUGGAGCCUCCCUGACCCGGAGUGGCAGGAUUAUUGAUUUCUGAUGAAGAUUUCUUUGCCAGGCCACUAUAUUAAUAACAGCAAAUGAAGACAAUGUGAAAAGAAAAGAUUGGGACAACGGUGGGAUCUGGAACUAUUUUCUCCGUCUAGUCCCUGAUCAUCUGAUAGUGGAGCUGAAGAACAACCUGUCUGCCAGGAGGUGCCUUGUGCUUUUGGUAUCUGAAGAUAAGAAAAUAACCCAAGACGAAAAGUCUCAACAGCCUCGCAAAGAUGAGCUCAAAGCAGAGCGACAAUGAGUGAGCACCACAAACCACAGCACCGAUGCUACGAACACAGCAACGCCAAUCUGCUAAUGUGGUGAACACAAUGGGGAAAGAACGAAUGAGGUAGACGACAGCCCGGCCUUGUUAGAAAAGCUCCAACUUGGGUUUGCUGGUAGCCUGUGUUGAGAGUGUCGAAAUGAGAGGCUUUUAAUAAGUGAAUUUUCUGGUUGUCAAAUCAAGGGGAAGGUUCAUUUGAAAAAAAGAGUGCUGCAAGAAAUUUUAAGAGCUGCGUGGAUUCCUGGCACAAUGCUCUGAGGGAGAGAGAGACAGCGACUCAUUCAUCUCCACACAGAUCCCGAAAGCAUGUCAAGUUUUUGACCUGUGAGCAGCGACUGUGGACUUGACCAGCUGAAGAUGCGGCCAUGGACUGGCUCCUGGCGGUGGAUUAUGUUGAUCCUUCUUGCCUGGGGGACUUUGUUGUUCUAUAUAGGCGGGCAUUUAGUCAGAGACAGCGACCAGCCGGAUCGCUCCAGCAGGGAACUGUCCAAGAUACUCGCAAAACUCGAGCGUUUGAAACAGCAAAAUGAAGAUCUGCGGAGGAUGGCAGAGUCACUGAGGAUUCCUGAAGGCCCCAUUGACCAGGGACCUGCUGCUGCUGGAAGAAUGCGUGCAUUAGAAGAACAAUUGAUAAAGGCCAAAGAGCAGAUAGAAAUCUAUAAGAAACAACCAGGCAAUGUAGGUCCUGGGAAAGAACAUGAGGAGCUGCGACGCAAGAUUGAGAAUGGAGUGAAGGAGCUGUGGUUCUUCGUACAGAGCGAAGUCAAGAAAGUGAAACACCUGGAGGGUGAGGAGGCACAAAGGCAUGCAGAUGCGUUGCUCGAGAACCUUGGCCACCAGCAGAGGUCUAUAAUGACUGAUGUAUAUUACCUCAGCCAAACAGACGGGGCUGAUAAAUGGAGAGAGAAAGAGGCCAAGGAUCUGACAGAUCUGGUUCAGCGGAGAAUAACAUACCUGCAGAACCCCAAGGACUGCAGCAAAGCCAAGAAGUUGGUGUGUAACAUCAACAAGGGGUGUGGCUAUGGUUGUCAGCUGCAUCAUGUCGUCUACUGCUUCAUGAUUGCGUAUGGAACCCAGCGCACACUCAUCCUGGAGUCUCAGAACUGGCGCUACUCCACUGGGGGAUGGGAGACAGUCUUCAAACCAGUUAGUGAAAGCUGCACAGACAGAUCUGGCACCAGCUCCGGCCAUUGGUCAGGUGAGGCCAACGAUAAAAAUGUACAAGUGGUGGAACUGCCUAUAGUUGACAGCCUGCACCCUCGACCGCCAUAUCUGCCCUUGGCUAUUCCUGAAGACCUCGCAGGUCGACUAACUCAUUUACAUGGAGAUCCUUCUGUCUGGUGGGUUUCACAGUUCGUCAAGUAUUUGAUACGCCCGCAAUCUUGGUUGGAGAAGGAAAUUGAAGAGGCAACAAGAAAGCUUGGCUUCAGGCAUCCAAUAAUUGGUGUUCAUGUACGUCGCACUGACAAAGUGGGGACCGAGGCAGCCUAUCACCCUAUUGAAGAAUACAUGGUACACGUGGAGGAACACUACAAGUUUCUCGCUCGAAAGACUGAGGUUGACAAAAAACGAGUUUACCUUGCCACGGACGACCCAACGCUACUUCAAGAAGCUAAGACAAAAUACCCAGAUUUCGAAUUCAUCAGUGAUAACUCCAUCUCGUGGUCAGCAGGCCUGCACAACCGAUACACGGAGAAUUCGCUGCGAGGCGUGAUUCUAGACAUCCAUUUUCUGUCUCAGGCAGACUUCUUAGUCUGUACCUUCUCAUCACAGGUUUGUCGUGUGGCCUAUGAGAUAAUGCAGACUUUACACCCAGACGCUUCAGCCAACUUCCGUUCUCUGGAUGACAUCUACUACUUUGGCGGGCAGAACGCACACAAUCAGAUUGCAAUUUACCCUCACAAACCACAAACUCCAGAAGAAAUUGUUCUGGAGCCUGGGGAUCUGAUUGGAGUCGCUGGCAACCAUUGGGAUGGUUAUUCUAAAGGUAUCAAUAGAAAGAAUGGAAGAACAGGCCUGUACCCAUCUUACAAAGUGAAAGAAAGCAUCGAGACUAUUAAGUACCCAACCUACCCAGAGGCUGACAAUGAGAAGCCACAGUAGCUACAAAGACACUCCACGGUCUCUGUGAAUGUAUCUUGCCAUAAAUCUGGAAUCCAGCCAACUUUUCGUUGAAACAUUAUGGUCUCUGCAGAUGCAUCCGUCUCCCUCCAUUGUCCUGCUGUUGAUCGUGUUUGGUUGUUUGCCAUUAAUUCACUGUAAUCCUCAGUGAUUGACGCUGCCCCCGUUGUGCAGGCUAGAGCAUGAGCAAAUGUGUGUUCAAUCAUGGUGCCUAACAGUCUUCGACCUUUAACCUUCUGGAAGAACCAUGCCCAGCAUUAGCACUGAGGUGCAUUUGAACUCUGACCUUGAAACAAAGAGGUUGGUUGAACUUAUCAAACGCAAGAUUUGAUCACAACGACUUGAAUCCAUUCCACAGCCUGUUCGAGAGUUCUCAUUUUCUCGAGAAGUGGUAGAGUUUUUCAUAUCCGAGGGUAGACAAAGGAAAAGCCUGAAUAAUCCAGUGCCCAUCGUCAUUUCACAAGUUUUUUGUAAAAGCAAAAUCAUGGACAGAAACUUUAAUACAUAAUGUUUCCAGACAUUGUCUUUGAUAACAAAAAUAAAUAAAUCUAAAUGAAACCA